GAUAGUUACGGUGUGGUCCAAAUAUACCAUAGACAGGAAAGGGAAAGAAUGGGGGGAGAGGAAAGGGGGAAGAGAGAAAAGAGGCUGACACAUGCGCAGUGAGUCUCCUUGCGUCUUCCCCUGGCCUCUCGAACUCAUCCAGCUCGUCCGCUUCCAGUACGAGGCAGCUGGAGGGGCGGCUGGGUUCGGCGCAUGCGCCCGGCGAGCAGCUGGCCUGCAGCCCCGCGGGCGGUGGCUCGGGCAGACCAGAAACGGAGGGAUGCCGCGGGAGAUCAUCACCUUGCAGCUGGGCCAGUGCGGCAACCAGAGUGAGAGCCAGGCUCCUUGGUCAUCUAGCCGAUUUCCACCGCCAGCCCGCUUUGAAAUCGUUGGGUUCGAAUUCUGGAAACAGCUCUGCGCUGAGCAUGGCAUCAGUCCGGAGGGCAUCGUGGAGGAAUUUGCUACUGAAGGCACUGACCGAAAGGAUGUCUUUUUCUAUCAGGCAGAUGAUGAGCAUUACAUCCCAAGGGCUGUGCUGCUGGACCUGGAGCCCCGAGUUAUCCACUCCAUUCUCAACUCUCCCUAUGCCAAACUCUACAAUCCUGAAAAUAUCUAUCUGUCUGAACAUGGUGGAGGAGCUGGUAACAACUGGGCCAGUGGCUUCUCACAGGGGGAGAAGAUUCAUGAAGACAUCUUUGAUAUCAUAGACCGGGAGGCAGAUGGCAGUGACAGCCUAGAGGGUUUUGUGCUGUGUCACUCCAUUGCUGGUGGAACUGGCUCUGGUUUGGGCUCUUACCUCCUAGAAAGGCUGAAUGACAGAUACCCCAAGAAGCUGGUGCAGACAUACUCGGUAUUUCCCAAUCAGGAUGAGAUGAGUGAUGUGGUCGUGCAGCCCUAUAACUCACUGCUAACCCUCAAGAGACUGACACAGAAUGCAGAUUGUGUGGUGGUUCUGGACAACACAGCCCUGAAUCGAAUUGCUACAGACAGACUUCACAUCCAGAACCCAUCCUUCUCCCAGAUCAACCAGCUGGUGUCCACCAUCAUGUCGGCCAGCACCACCACCCUCCGCUACCCUGGCUACAUGAAUAAUGACCUCAUCGGCCUCAUCGCCUCCCUUAUCCCCACACCCAGGCUCCACUUCCUCAUGACUGGCUACACCCCACUCACCACUGACCAAUCUGUGGCCAGUGUGAGGAAGACAACAGUGCUAGAUGUGAUGCGUAGGCUGCUACAGCCCAAGAAUGUGAUGGUGUCCACUGGCAGGGAUCGCCAGACCAACCACUGCUACAUUGCCAUCCUCAACAUCAUCCAGGGAGAGGUGGACCCCACCCAGGUACACAAAAGCCUACAAAGGAUCCGGGAACGAAAGUUAGCCAACUUUAUCCCUUGGGGCCCAGCAAGCAUCCAGGUGGCACUAUCUCGGAAGUCACCUUAUCUGCCAUCUGCCCAUCGAGUCAGUGGACUCAUGAUGGCCAACCACACCAGCAUCAGCUCUCUGUUUGAGAGCACAUGCCACCAGUAUGAUAAACUUCGGAAGCGAGAGGCCUUCCUGGAGCAGUUCCGAAAGGAGGACAUCUUCAAGGAGAACUUCGAUGAGCUGGACACAUCGAGGGAGAUUGUGCAGCAGCUCAUUGACGAGUAUCAUGCUGCCACCAGGCCCGACUACAUCUCCUGGGGUACCCAGGAGCAGUGACUUCCUGACUGUUCGAGGACAGAAGCCCCUACAUUUCACAGAUUUUAGCAUUUGUGUCAUUGUGAUCUAGUCUCCCUUUGAUGCUCUCAGAGAUCUUGAGCUCCAGCAUGGACACAUCAGCUUUCUCCAUUCACCACACCCUUCCCCCUUAAAGAUGAACAUGAGAAAAACCUAACAGUACAAUUAUGUAGUCUCUUUCUGUGUUGACCCUCUCCAAUAAAACACUAAAUGAGAA